AUGACCGCCGCAACACCAGCCUGGAAGGGUUAUUUGGUUGACUCUGAUUGUCGAUGGCAGAGAUAUGGGGAUUUGGUGGACGAUCGGUCGCCAGAUGAGAAGCACUACAUUCCUCCACGAUGGACAUGGAAACAAAGUUAUAUCUCUGCGGAGCAACCAUCGGGGUUGAAAAGCCACCAAUUACUACAUCCAAUCGAUAAUGAUGUCCGGGAAUAUCUUAUUAAAGGAGGGAUGGAUGUUUUUUUAGCGGACCAUUUCAUAUCCAUUCUCACGCGAGAUCCUCUUUUGCUCACCGAAGCGGACUUGGAAAAUAGCGAUCCCCCUGAAACGCGUCUUUUCGAAACUCUUUAUGGUUGCGUUUGGCACCCCGUGAGAUUCAAGCCACCAACUAGUGAUCGCGGACCGGGUUGGCGAGUCGAAUUUCGACCAAUGGAAGCCCAGCUAACGGAUUUCGAAAAUGCUGCUUUCGCGAUUUUUGCAUAUCUCGUUUCUCAGGCAAUCACCAUUCUUCGCCUGAAGCUUUACAUUCCGGUUGAAAAGCUAGGCGAGGCAUGGGCCUCAUGUCAAGAGCGUGGAGCAGUCAUUGAUGGGCGCUUCUGGUUUCGCAAAACAGGAUGGCUUUCUGAUUCGGACCAAAUCAAUCCAGACAUCAUUCGCAUGCUUUCACAGCACGGCUAUCAUUAUAGUGGCGAGGAGAAAUAUGCUCAGAUGACUGUCGAUGAGAUAAUUAAUGGGGAAGGUACUAUCGAUGGGUUUCCAGGCUUGCUAUUGAUGGUGCGUUGCUACUUUGAAUAUGUCGGAGUCCCCUGGCAAGAACAGGAUCAGAUCGCUCAGUACCUGAAUCUCAUUCGAGAUCGAGCGAGAGGCACAAAUCCAACUCCUGCGACUUGGAUGAGAGAUUCCAUCGGCAACCACAAAGACUACGAGGAGGAUAGCUAUGUCAGUGAAACUGUAUGCUAUGAUAUAAUGAGGGCUAUUAUCCGGUUGAACGAAAAAAAGACAGAAUAG